UGAACAAUUACAUGUGCCAAAAGCAGUACGUACUAUUCAGAGGCAUCGUGGGGGCUCUGUAUCUCUUGACUUGCUGUUGUUGGUCAUCCUCUGUAUCUCAGUCCUCAUCUCCACCACCGACAGAGUCCUCUUCUCCGUUGCGCUGCCUGGAAUAAGGUCGAUCCUCCUCGUUGUUUGGUGAUCUCCUCCAACCUCCGAGCUCGCCCCUGCCAACUGACUGCCAGAGGCCUUUGACACCCGUGGAGUGGAACAGCAAGCAAGAACCAUGGAGUUUCCGAUCAUUAUUCAGAGCAGCACGCAUCGAAUCCACUGACCCGGUUAGCGGCCUGAUCGAGAGAGAGAGCGCCCCUUCCAACUGACGCCUGUGCUGUGGAGUUGGUAAUAAUUGAAUCACUCCGUCCUGUUUGGUAGAGGAGAGAGGGGUAAAUGCAUGAAGCAUGGCAGAUGGACUGAUCGUAUACAGUACAAGUAAUUAUUUUCUCUGAAUCCCUGUCUCUCUGUGACCCACUCACUCAAUAAACACAUCAGCCAAAAGCGCUACUGCUCAGAGCUGACUGCCAGAGACAUUUGUGGAUGGUAGUGGAAUAGCAACAAGUAGAACCAUGGAGUUUCCGGUCAUUAUUCAGAGCACGUUGCAUCGGCUAGCGGCCUGAUCCUCCGCCGCCGUGUGCCCUUCUCACGCAUCUGGCCUCUGGUGCCCUGGCACUGCUUCCACUUCAUUGUCCUGCUCUUUUCUGGUCUGCCUAUGAAGCAUCGAAGGUGAAGCAUCGAGUUUUCCAGCUGAUUGGUCCAGAUAGCUGCUCCUGCUGAUCUCAUGGAGGUCGUCACGGGUGCCAUGGGCAGCCUGCUCCCGAAGCUGGGCAAGCUGCUCCUGGAGGAGUACAAGCUGCACAAGGGCGUCAAGGAAAAAACCAAGGACCUCCGGAAGGAGCUUGAGAGCAUGAACCUUGCCCUCGUCAAGAUUGAUGAGGUGCCGCGGGACCAGCUCGACAGACAAGACAAGCUCUGGGCAGAUGAUGUCAGAGAUCUCUCCUACAAGAUUGAGGAUGUCGUCGACAAGUUCCUCAUGCACGUCGACCGCAUUCAGCCUGACGACACCACCAAUGGAUUCAAGGGGCUCAUGAAGAGGACGGCCGAGUUGUUCAAGAAAGGCAAGGAUCGGAAUCGGAUAGGGCACGCGAUGAAGGGCAUCCAGGAGGAACUUCAGAAGGUGGCUGCUAGGCGUGACAGGAACAAGGUCGACGGUAUGGCUCCUAAUACUAGGGAAGCAGUUGUUAUCGAUCCUCGUCUCCGUGCUCUGUACACAGAAGCGACAGAGCUGGUUGGCAUCUACGGGAAGAGGGAUCAGGACCUCAUGAGUUUGCUCUCCCUGGAGGGCGGCGAUGCCUCUAACAAGAGACUGAAGAAGGUCUCCAUUGUUGGAUUUGGUGGAUUGGGCAAGACCACUCUUGCUAGAGCAGUAUACAACAAGAUUAAAGGUGUUUUCGAUUGUCGGGCAUUUGUCCCCGUCGGCCGGAACCCCAACAUCAAGAAGGUUUUUAGGGAUAUCCUCAUUGAUCUCGGCAACUCUAACUCAGAUCUUGCAUUAUUGGAUGAAAGGCAGCUUAUCAACAAGCUUCAUGAAUUCCUCGAGAACAAGAGGUAUCUGGUCAUAAUUGAUGAUAUAUGGGAUGAAAAAUUGUGGGAAUACAUCAACUUGGCUUUCUCCGACAGGAAUAAUCUAGGCAGUCGGCUAAUCACCACAACCCGCAUUGUCAGUGUCUCCAAUUCAUGUUGCUCGUCGGCUAAUGAUUCAAUUUAUCAAAUGAAACCUCUUUCUACUGAUGAUUCCAGAAGGCUCUUCCAUAAGAGAAUAUUUCCCGACAAGAGUGCAUGUCCAAAUGAAUUUGAACAAGUGUCUAAUGAUAUAUUGAAAAAAUGUGGUGGAGUACCACUAGCCAUCAUUACUAUUGCUAGUGCUUUGGCCAGUGGCCAGCAGGUGAAACCAAAGCGUGAGUGGGAUAUUCUGCUCCAGUCCCUUGGCUCUGGACUAACAGAAGAUAACAGUUUAGAGGAGAUGCGUAGAAUACUCUCUUUCAGCUAUUAUAAUCUACCAUAUGAUCUAAAAACCUGUCUAUUGUACCUAUGUAUAUAUCCAGAAGAUCACGAGAUUAAUAGAGAUAAACUGAUAUGGAAGUGGGUGGCCGAAGGAUUUGUCCUCCAUGGAAAUCAAGGAACUAGCCUGUUUUUGCUCGGAUUAAAUUACUUCAACGAACUCAUCAAUAGAAGUAUGAUCCAGCCAAUAUAUGAUCCUCUCGGCCAGGUAUAUGCUUGCCGUGUACAUGAUAUGGUUCUGGACCUUAUCUGCAACUUGUCACAUGAAGCAAAGUUUGUUAAUGUAUUCGAUGGCACUGGGAAUAUCAUGUCUUCACAAAGUAAUGUUCGUCGUUUGUCCCUUCAGAAUAAAAUGGAAGAUCAUCAAGCCAAGCCUCUCACAAAUAUCAUGAGUAUGUCACGAGUGAGGUCAAUUACUAUCUUUCCACCUGCUGUUAGUAUCAUGCCAGCUCUGUCAAGGUUUGAAGUUCUGCGUGUACUUGAUAUGUCGGACUGUAACCUUGGGGAAAGUAGCAGCCUGCAGCCUAACCUCAAGGGUGUUGGACACUUAAUUCACCUAAGGUACCUAGGUCUAUCAGGUACCGGAAUUAGUAAACUCCCGGCUGAGAUAGGAACCCUGCAGUUUCUGGAGGUGUUGGAUCUUGGAUACAAUCCUGAGCUAGAUGAAUUGCCGUCCACUCUUUUUAAAUUGAGAAGGUUAAUCUACCUAAAUGUUCGGUUCUAUAAGGUGGUUCCAACUCCUGGUGUGUUGCAGAAUCUGACAUCCAUAGAAGUGUUGAGGGGGCUCUUGGUCUCUCUGAACAUCAUUGCACAAGAGCUUGGCAACCUGGCAAGGCUGAGGGAGCUUGAGAUUCGCUUCAAGGAUGGUAGUUUGGAUUUGUAUGAAGGUUUCGUGAAGUCUCUGUGCAACCUACAUCAUAUCGAAAGCCUAAGUAUUAGUUGCAAUUCCAAAGAAACAUCUUUUGAACUGAUGGAUCUCUUGGGAGAACGCUGGGUGCCUCCUGUACAUCUCCGCGAAUUUGUGUCAUACAUCCCCAGCCAAAUCUCUGCACUGCGAGGGUGGAUAGAGAGAGACCCCUCGCAUCUCUCGAACCUCUCCGAGUUAAUCCUCACGUCAGUGAAGGAGGUGCAGCAGGAGGACGUGGAAAUCAUUGGGGGGUUGCUGUCCCUUCGAUGUCUCGCGAUAACGAGCACCCACCAAACACAGCGGCUGCUAGUCAUCCGUGCAGAUGGGUUCAGUUGUGUGGUAUACUUUGAGUUGGAUUGUGGAUCCGCAGCGCAGAUAAUUUUUGAAUCAGGAGCUUUGCCGAGGGCGGAAAGAGUUGAGUUCAGUCUCGGCGUGCGGGUGGCGAAAGAGGAUGGUAACCGUGGUUUCAACUUGGGCCUGCAGGGGAACCUGCUCUCCCUUCGGCGUGGUGUCCGGAUUUGGAUGUAUUGUGGUGGAGCGAGGGUUGGGGAGGCCAAGGAAGCGGAGGCUGCGGUGAGGCGCGCCCUCGAAGCCCAUCCCAACCAUCCCCGGAUUGAAAUUUAUAUGAUCCCACGUAUAGCAAAAGAUGCUCAUGAUGACGAUUUGUGUGAGGACGAGGAGGAGAACUGAUUUCUGAUCCAGAGCGACUCACAAUAUUGCAUCAGAUGUGCUCUCGGGUAGCAGGGGCGUGGGACGGUGGGGGUUACUGCUGGUGGCAACGGAGAUGAAUGUUUCCCAAACAUUUUGGGUGGGCGCUCGCCGUGCAAAGGUUUCGAACAUUCUGGAGGUUGUGUGAUGAGCUUCUUUUAAAUGGCACUCAGCUUGCAGAAAGAGAUAUUCCUUGGUUUUGUAACGAAUAAGUAAGGUGUUGGGGCGAAUUGAUCCUUACAAGGAUAGCUUUGCUUUGCUUCAGUUGAGGGUCAUUGUUGCUCCUCUGUUUUGCAUGUUGUUGUUACAUGGGAGGGCUAGCCCAUGACAUGCUGGUGUAUUUUGUUUUUUAAGCUGAGCCGGACAAACCUAUGGGUGUAUAACAGUUUCCUGAUGAAUGAAAUGGGGGGCUCACCUGAGCUCCUUAAUUUGAAUAAAAA